AGAAAUAUUCCAUCGGCUGCCACCCCCUUUCUUUCUCGCGUUAACAGAAAGCAGAUCGCUGAGACAUCGGCCCUCGUCCAUCUCCGGCGAAUCAGAUGGCGUCACGCCUCGCCUCCCGCCUCCUCCUUCGCCGCCCCACCGCUACAAUGUGCAUUUUACGAAGUUGCAGCCAUGUCAGACAUUUCAGCACUCAGCUCCUCGAAGGUGUUCAUAAAUAUUCAAAGCCAACACGUGGACGCAAUUUCCUUCCAAAUUAUCAACUUUGGAGUAGAUCAUUUGCAUCAGAGAAUGGUGAUUUGGUUGAAGCUGUUGUGCCUUUUAUGGGUGAAUCAGUAACUGAUGGAACCCUUGCCAACUUCCUAAAGAAACCUGGAGACAGAGUUGAAGCUGAUGAGCCUAUAGCACAGAUUGAAACUGAUAAGGUUACAAUAGAUGUUUCCAGUCCAGAAGCCGGCGUUAUUGAAAAGUUCAUUGCUAGUGAAGGCGACACUGUUACUCCUGGUACAAAGGUUGCUGUCAUAUCUAAGUCUGCUAUUCCAAAUGAGGCCCAUGUUUCACCACCUGAAGAGGCCUCCCAGAAGGAGACCCCUCCACCACCUCCUGCAGAGAAAAACAAGGUUGAGGAGAAAUCACCAAAAGUAGAACCCGUCAAAAAGCAGGAGCCAAAAUUAACCAUGCCACCACUAAAAUCCUCCCCUUCAGAACCCCUGCUCCCUCCAAAGGAAAGAGAGAGACGGGUACCCAUGCCAAGACUCAGGAAGCGUAUUGCAAACCGUUUGAAGGAUUCGCAAAACACUUUUGCAAUGUUGACUACAUUCAACGAAGUGGACAUGACUAACAUGAUGAAGCUGCGUUCUGAUUACAAAGACAAGUUUGUUGAGAAGCACGGUGUCAAGUUGGGUCUGAUGUCCUGCUUUGUCAAGGCUUCUGUUUCUGCCCUCCAAAACCAGCCAGUUGUUAAUGCUGUCAUUGAUGGUGAUGACAUCAUAUACAGAGACUACAUUGACAUUAGUGUUGCCGUUGGCACUUCCAAGGGUCUUGUUGUGCCUGUCAUUCGCGAUACUGACAGGAUGAACUUCGCGGAUAUUGAGAAGGGGAUAAACAACCUUGCUAAGAAAGCAAAUGCGGGAGCACUUUCAAUUGAUGAGAUGGCAGGGGGGACCUUCACCAUCUCAAAUGGUGGUGUCUAUGGAAGCCUUAUAAGCACGCCGAUCAUCAACCCCCCACAGUCAGCAAUCCUCGGGAUGCAUUCCAUUGUUCAGCGCCCCAUGGUCGUGGAUGGCAAGAUUACUGCAAGACCAAUGAUGUACCUUGCAUUGACAUACGACCAUAGGUUGGUCGAUGGCAGAGAAGCUGUUCUCUUCCUGCGCCGCAUCAAGGAUGUGGUUGAAGAUCCGCGGAGGUUGCUCCUCGACAUAUAGUUUCUUGCAUCAUUGCUGGGCUGCAAUUGUUGUCCUGGUUUUCCAAAUAAUUGGAUGCAAAAAUUUUGACUCCUAUCAUUGCUAGCCGGCCUCAGAAUUGUAAAAGAGAGCGCAGCAGAAACUUUGUUCAUUUUCUCCUCCAGAUAUUACUAGUUGGGAUGUAGUUCCCUGAGCACGUUCUCGUUUCACAAGAGCAAAUGAAGAUUUCUCGGUAUCUCACCUUU